CAGAAAUUUAAAAUAGAUUUGCGCAUUUUGUUUUUCAUGUUUUUUGAACAAAAGUAACAAUUUUAAUAAUAAUAAAAGAAAAUAAAUAUAUAUUUAUUACGUACCUUUUUUUUGAAAAUUGUCUUUAAUAUUUAAUUUUAAUAAAUCAAUUUCUUUAAAAAAUUAAAUGAAAAUAUAAAUAAUCUAAAAAUUUGUAAUUUUUAGGUUAGAAUAUUUGAGUUAAAUAAAUUUUGUUAAAAAUUAUUAAUUCGUUUUUUAUGCAAACUAAUAGAAUAUGUCAAAUAUAUUUAAAAAUAAAUCUGUGAGGUAUGGAAUACCAUUUCUUGUUUUUGUUAUUGGUGCACCUUUUUUACUAAAUGAAUUUCAACAACUUCGUUUCCAAUAUAAACCUCUAAUGGAAUCAGAUGUUGUACGUGAAGAAAUAAAGAAACGAGGAAUUAAAAUGCGGAAACCAGGAGAUAUUACUUUAGAAUCAGAAUAUGAAAAAAUUAAAGACAAUGAUACGCGCAUUUGGGAAAUCAAAAGAAUUCCUCGACCAUGGGAAGAAGAGGAAAAUGUUGAUAAAAAUUGAAGCAAAACUACUUACUUUUGCGUAAUAAUUUAAAGAUAAUUGUGGCAUAAAACCAGAAACAUAUAUGUAUUUGUUAUUUUGGCAUCUUUGAAUUAUUAUACAUAUAGACAUUCCCAUUUCUCGUGAUUUUCCUUUCCAAGGCAAGGAAUAUAUUAAAUUAUCAUUCUGAAAUGAAAAUAAUUAAGAUUUAUGUUACCAGUGAUAAAAAUAAUUAUUAUUGAAUUUUAAUUACUAUUAUUGUAAAUAUUCAAUUGCAAAAAAUUCGAUUAUUUUAAAUUUUAAUAUUGUAGAAUUUAUAAUUCAAUUAUUUUUAUAAAUUUUUAUUUAGCAAAGUCAAAAAAUAUAAUUACUACCUAUUA